AUGUCCAAUACAACACCCCCAUUCCAGCUCCUGUCCAACAACAUUUCGUUGACCAAUCAGAGGUUGGCAGUGCCCAUAAGGACGUUCAUGGGCUUCCUGUCUGUGUCUCCAUGUCUCCUCUUCCUCUAUAUCAACACUAUCAUGCUGUACAGUCUGAAGAGCAAGCCCGUGUUCAGAGAGACCUCACGCUACAUCUUGUUUGGUAACCUCCUCUUCGCCGACACCAUCCUACUGGUGACCAGCCAACUGCUGUACAUAUUGGCCGUCGCUGGGUUGUUUGUGAUCCGAUAUAUAUGUGUUGUGAUUGUGUUGGUGGCCAUUUUCACCAGCGGUGUUUCCCCUCUCAACCUGUCUGUGAUGUCGCUAGAGAGGUACGUGGCUAUCUGUUAUCCUUUGAGGCAUGCCUCUAUUGUCACCCCCGGGACUACGGGCGUGGUCAUUGCUGUGGUGUGGAUCCUGUGUUCCCUAAACACUAUCAUUAAGCUUGUCAUGCUGCUGGUUCUAGAGUCCAUGCCCCUGGACCAGUUAAUGCAGGGAUUCUGCUCUACCAGCGAGCUUUUCCAACUGAAGAUUCACAACCAGGUAGACAACGUGUUCAUCAGCAUCGUCUUCAUGGCCGUUGGUUUUAUCAUCAUAUACUCCUACAUCGCUAUCAUGAUGGUAGCCAAGUCCGCCGCCUCCUCAGACAAGGAUACGAACACCAAGGCUCGUAACACGGUUUUACUGCACCUGAUCCAGCUUGGCCUGAGUCUCUCCUCCACCCUGGUUCCUACUAUAGUGUCAGCCUUGAAAUCCAGAGCAAUGGACAAAGCCACACAGAUUGAGUAUAUUGUGUUCAUCAUCCUGAUUAUCCUGCCCAGGUGUCUGAGUCCUCUGAUCUACGGCCUGAGAGACAAGACGUUCAGACACAUCCUCAUGUACCAUCUCACCUGUGGCCUCAGAUGCACAGUGAAGCCCAUUAAAAUCUCCAGCUAUUGAUAACAUUGAUGUUUUGUCUUGUAACGGAAACGUUUAUUCCGUUUUUAAUUCAAACUGUUUUUAAGAACUUGUAAUAAUGCUGAUAAAAAAGAAACUAAACUAAAACACAUGUAUGUGAAUUAAAGGGACAAUCUGCGGUUGAUUACAUACUUUUUUAAACUUACAAAUAAAUGAAGGAUGUGCGCCCAUUGAUUCUUGAAGAAUAUUACUUAUACUUCGGCCUCUGAUGGGGUUCGAGGCAUUUAUACGUUUGUUUGACUUUAAUGUUCGUAAACAAAGUAAAUGUAAACAAACACUCUAUAGCCUCAAAACACGGUUAAAACUAUCAUUUUGAUAUCACGGAAUGUCAGUCCUUGCAUCCAUAGCACUUUCUUAGUUGUUACAUUUCUCCAGCCUCAUCCGUCAGUUUUUUACCGAAACAGUGGCACUUUGUCAUUGUUUCAACUGCCCCUUUAACUUGAAUCCACAGUAUGUAUGUUUUCCUGUAAUACAAUUAAUGAA